AUGUCGUUAUUUUGUCCAUUAUGUCACAGUAUUUUAUAUUUUGAGCAAAAACCCGAAAAUAAAUCUUCAUUUUCCUGUUUAAGGUGUACAUAUAACCUCCCGGUAACAAAGGACUACCACAAGGAGACCGUUUGUACUAAUGUGAAGGAGGCUGGUAAAACUCUAUUUGAAGCCAAUGAAUUUAAACAUGCUCCAAGGAUUCCAGCUGUUUGUCCUGCCUGUAAUAACAAGGAAGCCUACUUCAUGAGUAUUCAAACGCGAUCAGCUGAUGAGCCAAUGACUCAGUUUUUUGUCUGCACAGCAUGCCUAAAAAGAUGGAAAGAAUAACAGUACAAACUAUAUAAACCAUUGAAGUAAUUGUAAAAUACAAGCACACUCACAUUGUAUAAUAAAUCACUAUCCAUUGUGUAAUUAACAUUUCAAUAUUGUGUAAAAUAUUUUAUAAA